GGACAGCGGCCUCAGUGGCCGACAGGGUGCUUAUGAUUUCACGUAUUUUUGCUGAAUUUGUAAAAGAGGCACGCCAAUGAUGGAUUAACACGAACAUUGAAAUGCUGUGCACAGUUUCAAAUUGGAGCAUAUUGAAUUUUCACCCUAGUUCAGCAGCUCUGCUGCUCACUUAAAUGCAGAUGAAUGAAGACCCCAUUCGGGAAGACACCUGGCCAACGGUCCAGAGCUGAUGCAGGCCAUGCUGGUGUACCUGCAAGCAUGAUGAAGAAAAGGACGUCCCACAAAAAACACCGGAGCAGCGUGGGGCCGAGCAACGUGUCCCAGCCUCGGCGGAACAUCGUAGGCUGCAGGAUUCAGCAUGGGUGGAAGGAGGGCAGUGGCCCUGUCACCCAGUGGAAAGGAACCGUUCUGGACCAGGUGCCUGUAAACCCUUCUUUGUAUCUUAUAAAAUACGAUGGAUUUGACUGUGUUUAUGAAUUUAAUAAAGAUGAAAGAGUUUCUGCGCUUGAAGUCCUCCCUGAUAGAGUUGCAACAUCUCGAUUCAGCGAUGCGCACUUAGCCGACACAAUGAUUGGCAAAGCUGUAGAGCACAUGUUUGAGACCGAGGAUGGCUCUAAAGACGAAUGGAGGGGAAUGGUCUUGGCACGUGCCCCUAUAAUGAACACAUGGUUUUACAUCACCUAUGAGAAAGACCCGGUCUUGUACAUGUACCAGGUCUUAGAUGAUGAUAAAGAAGGUGACCUUCGCAUUAUGCCUGAUUCUAAUGAUUCACCUCCAGCAGAAAGGGAACCAGGAGAAGUUGUGGAUAGCCUAGUAGGCAAACAAGUGGAAUAUGCCAAAGAAGAUGGCUCUAAAAGGACUCUUAUGGUCAUUCAUCAAGUAGAAGCCAAACCGUCUGUCUAUUUCAUCAAGUUUGAUGAUGAUUUCCAUAUUUAUGUCUACGAUUUGGUGAAAACAUCCUAGAUGUCGUCAGGAACUUUGCCAAAUUGGUGGAACUA